ACGUUAAAUUGCCUCAUUGAGAGAAUUAAAAAUACUUACGUCACAACACCACGGACGUUUACAUGCAAUGACAUUUUGUACCAGUAGAUGGCACCACGUCAUACGCAACGGGGGAAUGUUAAGUCAUGGGACAGCUAUAAAACAUUGAAAAGACUGGAUACUCAAGAACAAAUCCAUUCUUUCAAGUAGUGAUUACUGUGUGCACGUAUUUGAUUGCCAUCGUUUACAUGCUAAACAAUAUUAAAGUUUUAUUUCCGGUCAUUUUAAAACUGAUUUACGUAAUGCAUCCCCAAUCACAUUAUGAUGAAAAAUGCCACAGUAUGACGUCAAGUGUAAGCAAUCUAAACGACUUUGAUUAUCACGCGUUUUUUAAAUCAAACUGUUGUGAUUUGAACAUCAGGAGCUGCGGUUAGCUGCGUUACCGCUUCAGAAACAUGCUGCGUGUUUUUAAGAAAUUAAACACAAUUGCCUUGCAAUUUCUAUUGUUACUUAGUUUAGCUCUUGCCGUGGCCGAGGAAACAAUACUGUGCGGUACCAGGUCUGCAGAACACGGCGGCUCGCGGGUCGUGACAGGUAAAGAUGCCAAACCUGGGCUCUGGCCCUGGCAGGUAGCUCUGUACAGAGAACCGGAUACUCGAGUCAGUUGUGGCGGAACCAUCGUUAGUAGAGACUGGGUUGUAAGCGCAGGCCACUGCUUUUUCGGCCCUUAUAGGGAUCCUCUGAAAUGGAAGGUAGCCCUUGGGCUGGUUGAUACAGCGGUUCCUGAGCACUGGGCACAGAGGUCGGGCGUGGAUAAACUCUACGUGCAUGAGCAGUUUUUUAACCCUGAUAAUGACAUCGCCCUGCUCCAUUUAAGUAGCCCAGCUGAGUUCAAUGAUUACGUCAGACCAGCCUGCCUCCCCUGCGCUGGCACGAGCAACACAGAGGAGUGGAGUAACUGCUAUGUAACUGGAUUCGGACUGUUUUCAGAGACAGGAGCUCAAGGAGUAGUCCUUCAGCAGGCUGGAAUGAAACUGAUCCCACCAGAUGAAUGUAAAAGUAAAGAAAUGUAUGGUGCAUAUGUGAACGACAACAUGGUGUGUGCUGGCUUCGCGGGAGGGGUGGAGGACACCUGUCAGGCGAACAGCGGGGGUCCCCUGGUUUGUAAACUGAAAGGGGGGAGCGGUGCCUUCCGGCUUGUGGGAGCGGUGAGCUGGGCUCGGGGGUGCGCUAACCCUGACAAGCCUGGGGUGUACUCCUCAGUCAGCAGGUACGUCGAGUGGAUUGCAAACACAACGGGCGUCGCUGCCGAGGUAUUGCAAGGGGAGACGACAACACUCGUGUGUCACUGAAGA